AAUCCUGUCAUCCAUUACAGCAUCCGUCAUCCAUUACAGCAUCCUGUCAUCCAUUACAGCAUCCUGUCAUCCAUUACAGCAUCCGUCAUCCAUUACAGCACCCUGUCAUCCAUUACAGAAUCCUGUCAUCCAUUACAGCAUCCGUCAUCCAUUACAGCUUCCUGUCAUCCAUUACAGCAUCCUGUCAUCCAUUACAGCAUCCGUCAUCCAUUACAGCAUCCUGUCAUCCAUUACAGCAUCCUGUCAUCCAUUACAGCAUCCGUCAUCCAUUACAGCAUCCUGUCAUCCAUUACAGCAUCCUGUCAUCCAUUACAGCAUCCUGUCAUCCAUUACAGCAUCCUGUCAUCCAUUACAGCAUCCUGUCAUCCAUUACAGCAUCCUGUCAUCCAUUACAGCAUCCUGUCAUCCAUUACAGCAUCCUGUCAUCCAUUACAGCAUCCUGUCAUCCAUUACAGCAUCCGUCAUCCAUUACAGCAUCCUGUCAUCCAUUACAGCAUCCUGUCAUCCAUUACAGCAUCCGUCAUCCAUUACAGCAUCCUGUCAUCCAUUACAGCAUCCGUCAUCCAUUACAGCAUCCUGUCAUCCAUUACAGCAUCCGUCAUCCACCACAACAUCCUGUCAUCCAUUACAGCAUCCGUCAUCCAUUACAGCAUCCUGUCAUCCAUUACAGCAUCCGUCAUCCAUUACAGCAUCCGUCAUCCAUUACAGCAUCCUGUCAUCCAUUACAGCAUCCUGUCAUCCAUUACAGCAUCCUGUCAUCCAUUACAGCAUCCUGUCAUCCAUUACAGCAUCCGUCAUCCAUUACAGCAUCCUGUCAUCCAUUACAGCAUCCGUCAUCCACCACAACAUCCUGUCAUCCAUUACAGCAUCCGUCAUCCAUUACAGCAUCCUGUCAUCCAUUACAGCAUCCGUCAUCCAUUACAGCAUCCUGUCAUCCAUUACAGCAUCCUGUCAUCCAUUACAGCAUCCGUCAUCCAUUACAGCAUCCGUCAUCCAUUACAGCAUCCUGUCAUCCAUUACAGCAUCCGUCAUCCAUUACAGCAUCCGUCAUCCAUUACAGCAUCCUGUCAUCCAUUACAGCAUCCUGUCAUCCAUUACAGCAUCCGUCAUCCAUUACAGCAUCCGUCAUCCACCACAACAUCCUGUCAUCCAUUACAGCAUCCUGUCAUCCAUUACAGCAUCCGUCAUCCAUUACAGCAUCCGUCAUCCACCACAUCAUCCUGUCAUCCAUUACAGCAUCCGUCAUCCAUUACAGCAUCCUGUCAUCCAUUACAGCAUCCUGUCAUCCAUUACAGCAUCCGUCAUCCAUUACAGCAUCCGUCAUCCAUUACAGCAUCCGUCAUCCACCACAACAUCCUGUCAUCCAUUACAGCAUCCGUCAUCCAUUACAGCAUCCUGUCAUCCAUUACAGCAUCCUGUCAUCCAUUACAGCAUCCUGUCAUCCAUUACAGCAUCCGUCAUCCACCACAACAUCCUGUCAUCCAUUACAGCAUCCGUCAUCCAUUACAGCAUCCUGUCAUCCAUUACAGCAUCCGUCAUCCAUUACAACAUCCGUCAUCCAUUACAACAUCCGUCAUCCAUUACAGCAUCCGUCAUCCAUUACAGCAUCCGUCAUCCAUUACAACAUCCGUCAUCCAUUACAACAUCCGUCAUCCAUUACAACAUCCGUCAUCCAUUACAACAUCCGUCAUCCAUUACAGCAUCAUGUCAUCCAUUACAGCAUCCUGUCAUCCAAUCUGUCAUUCGUCAUCCAAUCUGUCAUUCGUCAUCCAAUCUGUCAUCUGUCAUCCAAUAUGUCAUCCACGUGUCUACCCACCUUCCAGUGUGAAGAACAAAAACA